AGGUGGUUGUCGUUUGAAUAGAGGUGGAAGAGGUAAGCUAAAUUUAGGGGUUUGUAGUAAGUUAGCGGGGCAGGGGAUAGAGAGAAGGAGAAGAAAUGGGAGUAGAGGAGGCAAAGGCGAUGGGUGGAGAUGUGGCAGAGGAGAAGACUGUGAUUCCUCGAACUAAUGAGACUCCACCUGUUCCGGCUCCUCAAGACGAUUCAAAGGCUCUUGCUGUCGUUGAAAAGGUUGCAGAUCCUGUUCCCUCUUUGGACGUGGAGAAAAGCAUAGGAGGAUCCAUUGACAGAGAUGCGGUUCUUGCAAAGGUUGAGAGUGAGAAGAGAAUGUCUCUUAUAAGGGCAUGGGAAGAAAGCGAGAAAACAAAAGCUGAGAACAAGUGUUACAAGAAGCUUUCGUCCAUAGGGUCUUGGGAAAAUUCGAAAAAGGCAGCUGUUGAAGCCGAACUGAGAAAGAUCGAGGAAAAGUUGGAAAGACAGAAAGCAGAGUAUGCUGAGAAAAUGAAGAACAAAAUUGCUCUAAUCCACAAGGAGGCUGAGGAGAAGAGAGCCAUGACUGAAGCAAAACGUGGUGAAGAAUUGCUCAAGGCCGAGGAGACAGCCGCGAAGUAUAGGGCCACUGGCCUUGCCCCAAAGAAGCUAAUAGGCUGUUUUGGUGGUUAGAAAAGCCCUCUUUCUUUUUACAUUUGCUUAUUUUUUUUUCUCUUUUACCCAUCGUUUGUGCCUAAAGCAUGUUGAUUUGAUCUGGCGUUCUUUUGGGGGUUUUAUGUUAAUUUUUCCAGUGUUGUGUGUGUCGAUGUAUGUAGGUAUGUAUGUGUGUAUUUUAUGUAUUUAUAUUUGUUGUACAAUUAAGGGGUGUAUGUCCAGGUCUCCUACUUAAUUGCAUAGGACCAACAUGUGUUUAUGAUUUACAAGAAUUUGUUAUUGAAGCAAAUCUUUGUGUGCAAACA